AGUCAAACCUAACCUUAAAUUUCAUUGUUUGCCGAACUUCAAUUGCGAAGUUAAUAAAAGUUAAUCAGAACUCAGUUAAAAUCAGGCGUUUCAAAUAUUUAAUUAAUAUCCUAUACAUGUUCCUUUAGUUGUAAAUCUUUUAGCAAUAAAGAUAAAAGUUUACUUUGAAUGCAAACAGGAAAAAGAAGAAAAACGGUUAACUGUGGAAGAAGGCGGGUGUUUCCCAAGUCAUUCUGUUAGCGUGCGAUAAAAAUGUUUACGCUAAAAUUUGAGAAAAUUUUAUGUGAACUGAACAGCAAAUAUUUCUGACAUUCGAACAUUAUUUUUAAUGAUCAUCGCAAACUGUGGUGAUUGAAAGUAUCAUGUUUUCGUCGACAAUUGAGUAACCUGAGAAGCAUUAGUGAAUGGAAUUAGUGAAUUUGAAAAGGAAUAAUCAACAAAUAGUUGUCCCUAUGAUCACUUCAGGUGGUCAUGAUGAAUAUGGUAAACAACGUGUUUGAUUUUAUUCGUAACAUAUUUACGUGGGCAGAUAGAAACCAAAGAAAACGUGCAGCAAACGAUUCACUUCCCUUUGAACAGGAAAUAAUAAGUAAUAAACGCUUUCGUUACGGUGAUCCACUAUUUGGCAAUGAAUUAUUCCUAAACGUUCAACACGAUGAAAAUAAUGAGAAUGCCGAGAAUGAUGAUAUGGAAAUCAUCGCAGAAUUUCAUUCAAGUCCGUUAAGAUCAUUCAGCCAAAUGAACAACAAUCGAAGAAACAAACGUCGUUCACUACCAGCUUCGAAAGCAAAUUCAUAUCGUAAUAAUCCACCGGCCCAAUCAUCGUAUCAUUAUUGUAAUAAUAAUUCCGAAAUGGGUUGCAGUCGUGGUAGAGGACAGACCAAUAAUGCAGUUGCCGAUUCACAUAAUUCGACAUUGGUCAGGACUCAUCGUCUUCAGGAGAAACAACAGUAUGGUGAGCUGUUGCAAAAUUUUGUUCCUCAACGUAGGAAUGUUAUGCGCAGUGAACCUGAAAAAAAUCAUGUUUCUUCUAUAGAGGUGAUUGAACUCGACAAAAGUGAUGAGUCUCAAACCUCGCAAAAAUCCAUUCCAGUUCAAAAGAGGCAAAUCAACACGUCCUGGCGAUAUGGCAGGGGUAAGCAGAAUUUCCUUCCUCAACGUUGGAAUUUUUCAGAAAGUGAAUCAACGGUUAAAAAUCAUGUUUCUCCCAUAGACGUCAUUGAACUCGAUAAAAAUGAGGAACCACAUUUCUCACAAAAAUCCAUUCCAGCUCAAAAGAGGCAAAUCUACACACCUUGGAGAUGUGAUAGAGGUAGAAAUUAUUCCGGCGGUAGGAGUCGAAAUUCCUUACCGUCAAAUAUUUCCAGGAUUCAAAUCGAAAAAGAGGAACCGGUGGUUCAAUCUGCUUUUGCUGUCGGCAAAGAUAAAACACAAGGAAACGCAAUGCCCCUGAAAGUGUUGCAAACAAAUACAUUGCGCGAGGCACUUGCAUCGAAAUCCGUAUUGAAAAAGGACCUGGUGCCACAAAUCGCAAAGCGACAUGACGAAAGAAUAAAGCAACAACUCCGUGAAGCCGAGGAAUUAAAACGCCGAGCAAAUCUUCUGUCCGAUGCAAAUCGCAUGACCCGGGAAUUGUCACUCGACGAGCAAUUGGCACGCACAUUAAAAUUAUGCAAAGAAGUUUAUGAUGAUAGAGAAAUUCCCGAUGAAGAGCCAUUGCCAACACUCACCGAUGGAAUGCUUCACGAGGUGAAAAACGCGCUGGCGCCCCGUUCCUCAAACGACGUUCUUGCCGAAGGUUUCGGCUUGAGAAUAACACGCAAGGAUAUACAAACACUCGCCGGUCUCAAUUGGCUCAAUGACGAAGUCAUUAAUUUCUACAUGAACCUUCUCAUUGAACGCGGCAAUAAUGAGAAAUUCCCCACAGUUCACGCAAUGAAUACAUUCUUUUAUCCAAAAUUAUUAUCAACCGGUCAUUCAUCAUUGAAACGAUGGACAAGGAAAAUUGACAUUUUCGCCAAAGACAUUGUUGUUGUGCCAAUUCAUCUUGGUAUUCAUUGGUGUAUGUCAAUAAUAGACUUUAGAGAUAAGACAAUUAAAUAUUUCGACAGUAUGGGAAGUGCAAAUCCCAAAUGUCUUGUGGCACUUCGUAAAUAUUUGGAGGAUGAGAGUAUUGAUAAAAAGAAGAAAUCAUACGACACAAGCGACUGGAAACUCGAUAGCGUCAAAGAUAUUCCACAGCAAAUGAAUGGCAGUGAUUGUGGCGUAUUUUCGUGUAUGUUCGCCGAAUUUAUUUGCGCCAAGAGAAAUAUCACUUUUACACAACAGGAUAUGCCCUAUUUUAGAAAUAAAAUGGCUUACGAAAUUCUUAAGGGCAAACUCUUGUGAUCACGAUAAAAUAAGUUUUCAUUAAAUCGCGAGUAAAAUGUCUCUACAAAAAUAUAAUAUGAAACGAAUACCGGAGUUAUGAGUAAAAAACAAAUAUUUUUUAUUCAAAAAAAAUGUGAUGUAUUUCUUCUAAUUCCCAAGUAUUUACGAAUAUAUUUUCUGUUCACAAAAAAAAUGUCUAAUUGUUAAGUUUCGUCGAUAUUUCCGCAAUGAAGAAAUCAUAACAAGUUUGUUUCGAUUUCUAUAAAACUGUAAAAAUGCUCGAUUACUUAAAGUAUAUUAAUUAAAUUCCUAAAAAUAAUUUUCUCAAUGUUUUUCAUUUUAGAAGUGGCAAUUUUGUAAAGAAAAUGUGCCACUUCUCUUUAUAAAUUAUAUCAUUUAAAGAAUUUAAAGAGAAUAUUAAACAAAUAUAAUAUUAAUUUAAAUUUAAAAAUUUUAAUUAAAUGCUAAAAAGUGAAAAAAAAUUGACGACGAACUACUUCCAAUUUAACUUUAAAGAAGAAGAAAAAGGAUAAUAAUGAAUUUAUGGUAAUUUAUAAAAUGAGUAAUAACAAUAAAAUAAAUAAAAUAAAAUAAUUUUUGUGAAAAAUAAUUACUGAUUAUUAUUUUUCAUUUCUUUAUUUAUACAAUUAUUUUAUUAUAAUAUAUAUUUGUAUAUAUACGUUUGUGUGUGUAAUGGUAAUGUUGCAUAGAAAUUAUGUUUGACACAAUUUUGGCGGAUAGAUUGGCUAUGUUGAAGUUUCAAUACCUUCAAGACUCUCGCAACAAUCUGUGACUAUCAUUCAUCACACACUCUACUUCUUUUGUCUUUUUAAUUUUUUUGAUUAAAAUCAACGGGAGCCUCUAUGCUUAAAUAAUAAUUCUCUUUUUCAUACCCGCAGACCUAAGACCUCUCUCUCUCAUUUAUAAAUGUUUGAAGGAAAAAGAAUUAUAAAUUACAAAUUUCUUUUACAAUUUAUAAAUAAUAAAUAGAUUAUUUAAA